AUGUCGGAUCCAACGUGCUCGGCGCGGACGUUCUUGGCGACGACCGCCAAGCAGCGUCUCACGACAUACGACGCGAAGACGUGGGAGUACUUUGACGUUGGCCCGCGCUCGGCCACGACCAUCGUGCUGCUUCCAGACGCCAUUGGCUCGGCGAUCGCCUACCACGCGCUUUUGCCUGCGCUCGCCGCCGCCGGCUACCGAGCCCUCGCUGUGCACUGUCCGGUCGUGUGGACCCACGAUGAGCUGGUCCACAGCUUGGACCGGUUCCUCGACGCCCUCAACCUCGCGUCGGUACAUUUGUAUGGCGCGAGUCUCGGAGCUACGUUAGCACAGCGGUUCUGCUCGGCUUUUCCGCAUCGUGUGCGCUCGCUCGUGCUCACACGCGGCUAUAACAGUGGCAUGGCUAUCGGCACUCGCUACCUAAAGAUACUUAUGCUCAAGGAGCUCGACACGUCAGAGGAUGUCGCUGUGAACGCCGCAUCGGACUUCCUGCGGCAGCAGCUCGAAAGUUUGAGCCAGGCGCAGCUCGCAUCGCGCUUGACGUUGGGAGGCCUAUCGAGCAGCAGUGGUCCUGCACGGGACCUCCACAUUCCGUACAAUCGCGUCACCCUCCUUGACAGUUAUGGCUCCAACAACGCUGCGGAUUCGGACCAACGCGAAGUCAUGUAUGAGCGGUUCCGUGACGCUAAAAAGGCACUUCUCAAGGCCUCGGGGCGCUUCCCAUAUCUCUCGCAUCCCGACGACGUGGUCUUGUACCUCCAGGUCCACUUGCGAGCCCAUGCGUGCUAG